CUAUUUUGAACUAAAAUUGUGGGCUUGAUCUUGUGAAAGCUCCUUGUUGUAAAGUUUUUUUACCUUGAUUGAUUAAUUUCAUAUCAAGAUACGACAGUAGAAGAUAACGUUUAUCAGCAAAUUAAGAAUACUCAUUUCCGUACUAAUAAGGAAGCAACCUAUCUGAUCACACUGGAUCUCCCGGAGGAUAUGGACAAAAAAUCAUACAAAGUGACUCCAACGAAUGGCAAAAUGAAUGGUGAACACAAAGAUAAAAAGCCAAAAGAGAAAGAUGAUAAAAAGAAGGAUGAGCCUGUUAAAGAAGUAACAGUUGCUCAAGUAUUUAGAUUUGCAGAUUGUAAAGAUUACUUUUGUAUGAUAAUUGCUACAAUAGCAGCACUUAUUCAUGGAGCAGCCCUACCUUGCCUUAUGCUUGUUUUUGGUAGUAUGGUUGAUAUAUUUGUUGACAGUGGCAAGUUUAAGACCUUGUUUGAUGAAGUCGAUUUUUCCAAAUAUCGUACAACAAAAGAAGACGCCUGGAAAAAUGAAACUGCACUCAAAAAUAUUGCUAAAGCAGAGAACCUCACCUCUCAAUACAACAAAUUUAAAGAAGCGGACGAAAAAUUACUGGAUGAAAUGGAAAAGUUUGCUAUCUACUAUGUUGCCAUAGGCUGCGGAGUAAUGGUUUUUGCCUCUCUUCAACAAGCCGGAUGGAUGACAGCGUGCGAAAGACAAGCUUUCAGAAUCCGUAAUCUGCUGUUAAAGUCCAUUCUUAGACAGGAUAUUGGCUGGUUCGAUACUCACGAAGUUGGAGAGCUGAAUACUAGAUUGGCCGAUGAUGUCACAAAAAUACAGGCUGGCAUUGGUGAUAAAUUGGGUCAAUUUCUACAGUGGUUUUCCACAUUUCUUACAGGUUUCAUAUUGGGAUUUGUUUUCGGUUGGAAAUUGACAUUAGUUAUCUUAUCUGUUAGCCCUUUCCUGGUUUUAUCUGGUGUAAUCAUGGGAAAAUUAACAAGCAGUAUGACCCAAAAAGAGUUGUCAGCAUACGCAAAAGCGGGAGCAGUUGCCGAAGAAGUAUUAACUGCAAUUCGUACUGUAACAGCUUUCAAUGGCGGUAAAAAAGAAUGUGAACGAUACAAUGGAAACCUAACAGAUGCUCAAAAUUUUGGUGUGAAAAGAGGCUUUGUCUCGGGCUUGUCUAUGGGAAUGGUUUUCUUUUUCAUCUUUGGAUCAUAUGCCUUGGCUUUCUGGUAUGGUUCCAAACUGGUCAGAGAGAGUGAUUAUACAGUCGGAGACAUGCUUAUCGUGUUUUUCUCAGUCGUCUUUGCCGCCUUUGCUAUUGGAAACGCUUUUCCUAAUUUGACACACUUACAAACAGCAAAAGGUGCAGCAUAUGUUGUCUAUGACAUCAUUGACAAUAUACCUCCAAUUGAUAGUUCGUCAACCGAAGGUGAAAGACCAGCUCGCAUUGUUGGAAGAGUUACGUUUGAAAAUAUAUGGUUUAAAUAUCCUUCUCGUCCCGAUGUUCCCAUUCUGAAUGGUCUGAAUCUAGAUAUAACUCCAGGCGAAACGGUUGCUCUCGUUGGUUCAUCCGGAUGUGGAAAGUCUACAACUAUACAACUUUUACAACGAUUUUAUGAUCCAUUACAGGGAAAAGUAACCAUUGAUGGAAAAGAUAUACGAGAACUGAAUGUUGAAUGGCUAAGGCAAAGCAUUGGUGUUGUUUCACAAGAACCUGUUCUCUUCGCAACAACAAUUGAAGAGAAUAUUCGAUAUGGAAGAGAAGGAGUUUCUUUAGAUGAAAUUCAUGAGGCUGCGAAAUCUGCUAACGCUUACAACUUCAUCAUGCAACUACCUGAUCAAUUCAACACUUUGGUAGGAGAAAGAGGAGCCCAGCUGAGUGGAGGACAAAAACAAAGAAUCGCUAUUGCUAGAGCUUUGGUUCGAAAUCCAAAAAUAUUACUUUUGGAUGAGGCGACAUCAGCAUUGGAUACAGAAAGCGAAGGUAUAGUUCAAGAAGCACUGGAUGAGGCGAGAAGAGGACGAACAACAAUCGUUGUUGCUCAUCGACUGAGUACUGUUCGAACUGCAGAUAAAAUUGUUGGAUUUAAAGAAGGAAAGAAGAUUGAAGAAGGAGCCCAUGACGAUUUAAUGAAGAUUCAAGGAGGAGUUUACCAUCAUCUAGUAACAUCUCAAAGUGCAAAAGAAGUUGAUGAUGAUGACGACAAUGAUGAACUGGCUUCAUCGGUUUCCAAAGUAGAGUUUGAAAACGAUAAAAAUAAAUUGGGAAGAACAUUCUCACUAUCAUCAGUUAAAAGAUCCGACUCAGCUGCUCCAGAAGAAGCUAAAAAGGCAGAUGUACCAGAAGUUGCAUUGAGUAGAGUUUACAAGUUAAAUGCCCCAGAAUGGGUUUGGAUUCUUUGUGGAUGUUUUGCUGCCUUAGUUAAUGGAGCUGUUCAACCAUGCUUUGCAGUUUUGUUUGCCGAAAUAUUGGGGGUUUUUGCCAUUAAAGAUAUAGAUGAACAGAAGAGAAAAACACUGCUGUAUUCUAUGUUGUUUUUGGCUGUCGGUGCAGGAGCAGCAUUGUCCAUGUUCGCUCAAGCAUUUUUUUUCAGUAAAUCAGGAGAAGCGUUGACAAGAAAGCUACGAGAUCUGACUUUUAAAGCUUUAAUGAGGCAAGAAAUGGCUUAUUUUGAUGAUAGUGAUCAUAGUGUUGGUGCAUUAACUACCCAACUUGCAUCUGAUGCAUCAGCAGUCCAAGGAGUAUCUGGAGUAAGACUAGGAACUAUGUUUCAAACGCUCUCAUCUUUGGGAACUGGUCUUGUUAUUGCUUUCAUAUAUUCAUGGAAACUUACUUUGGGCAUCUUGGCUUUCAUACCUUUCAUCAUUAUGGCCGGUGCUUUACAAAUGAAAAUGAUGGGUGGACAAGCCGGAACAAAUCAAAAGUCCUUGGAGGAUGCAGGAAAAAUUGCUGUAGAGAGUAUUGAGAAUAUGAGAACAGUUGCUCAAUUGACAAAGGAAAAAGCUUUUUCAAAGCUAUAUCACGAUACUCUAUAUAUAACCCAUCGUCAGAAUAUGUGGAAGGGUAUUAUUAUUGGAGCUUCAUUUGCCUUUUCGCAGUCAGUUAUCUUUUUCGCCUACGCUGCCUGUUUUUCAUUAGGAGCUUACUUAAUCAAAAAUGAUGGGUUAGAAUUUGCAGAUAUGUUUAGAGUGUUUGGUGCAGUAGUUUUCUCAGCCAUGGCUCUCGGACAAGCUAACUCUUUCGCUCCCGAUUAUGGUAAAGGAAAAUCUGCAGCAAACAGAAUUUUCUAUUUAUUGGACAGGGAACCGGAAAUUGACUCCUUCUCCGAAGAAGGGGAAGUUCUUCCUCAAGUUUCGGGAGAUGUAUCUUUCUCUGAUGUCACAUUCAGAUAUCCCAGCAGACCUGACGUUCCCGUUUUAAGAGGUCUCACACUCAAAGCGAACAAAGGUGAAACUCUUGCCUUGGUCGGUACAAGCGGCUGCGGAAAAAGCACAACUGUUUCUCUUCUAGAACGAUUCUAUAAUCCGUUGAGCGGACUUAUCACUUUGGACAAACAUUCUAUCGAUAAAAUGAAUGUUCAAUGGCUAAGAUCUCAAAUUGGAAUUGUACAACAAGAACCCAUCUUGUUUGAUCGUUCAAUUGCUGACAAUAUCGCUUAUGGAGACAAUUCAAGACAAGUUUCUAUGGACGAAAUUAUAAAAGCGGCUAAAGAUGCGAAUAUUCAUGAUUUCAUAUCAAAUUUACCGGAUGGUUAUGAAACUAGCGUGGGAGAUAAAGGAACACAAUUAAGCGGUGGACAGAAACAAAGAGUUGCUAUAGCUAGAGCAAUGGUGAAAAAUCCUAAGAUAUUACUGUUAGACGAAGCGACAUCGGCUCUCGAUACAGAAAGUGAGAGAGUUGUUCAAGAAGCCUUGGACAAAGCGCAGAUUGGACGAACUUCCAUAGUUAUUGCACAUAGGUUAUCAACAAUUCAUAAUGCCGAUCAGAUAGCUGUUAUUCAUCUUGGAAAAGUCGUUGAACUUGGUACUCAUUCUGAAUUGAUGAAUAAACAGGGGAAAUACUAUAAGCUUUAUACUCGUCAAUCGGCUCAGAAGUGAAAAAUUUUAGUUGGUGCUUUACCUAAUUUACUUUUAAUAUUACAUAUUGUACAGUAUCGAAAAAAUUUUGUUUUUACCUGCAUUCUGUUUGUGUUUUCUAAUAUUACGUAGUCCAUUUGACAUUUUUUAUUCCAAUAAUUAUUUGUCUCUUUUGAAAAUAAAUAUGAAAAAUCUCGGACAGUAUUUAUGAAAAUGGAAUUUUGUUGUUGAAAAUUUUCAAUAUGAUAGAAUUCGACAAUCUAUUAAACCAUUCAAAGCCUAUGCAGCGUGUAUCUAUUUGCUGAGAUGAGAAACGAAACAGAGUUGUAGUUAUAUGCAUUUCAUUUACAACUGGCGGAGUAAAUCUGAACAAUAUAUUAGUAUGAACAGACACUAUGCUUAAUAUUGAUUUAUAAUUAUUUCGAAGGUUAAAUCUUGGUCGAAAUUGUAGAGUUUCCCAAACAAGUUAAACUAAUAAAGUUAAAGAACUAUCGAAUAUCUAAACAUUUAAAUUAUUCAUAUUGGCAAUUGACAAAUGCUCCUGUGGUUCAAGCGUUUCCUUAUUAAAUGUGAACGUUCCGAAAGAAAAAUCUUUCAAAAGAUACCAUAAGAUAUUGAGCAAAUAACUGUGCGAAGAUAGGGAAAGAAUGACCCCAGAAGAAAAGAAUGAGAAAUCUAAAAUCAUAUCAUAUAGAGUUGUUUUAGAAAAUAUGUGAAAUUGUUAAUUCAAUAGUUAUAGAAGCUUAUGGUAGAAUUCUUCCAUACAUGAUUAUGGCAUAUCUCUUUUUUUGUACAUCUCUUUUUGCUAAUACAGUAGACAUAUGAAUUAGUUAUUAAUCUUUU